UUUCAUCCAUUAUUGAUAAGUGAAUCUUUUAUUUUUAUUUUCAUUUGGUACACUUUUUAGACGAUUUUUAGUUAGUUUUGCUUAAAUUUCUCAUUAUUUAACAUUAAUUAACUGCAAUUCAGCCACUUCCAGAGUAUGUAACAGACCACAGACAAAUGAACACAAAUUUCUAUUCAGCUGGCACCGUUUGAAUUUUUAUGAUUUCGUCUAAGCUCUAAGAAGUAUUUAUUCCGCAGAUGUCUCCUCAUUGGGUACCAAUGCGGUGGAACAUUCUAAACAUGAUAUACUCGUGCAGUCGUUCACCUUAACGACGAAAAUGUCAACAGGUACCAGUAGCGAAUUAUGGUCCGGUGAAAUAGGCGGUAUAAAGUUCAAAAGCGAGGAUAUCCCAUUGGUCGCUUGUAUCAUUACAAGUAUUGUGCUACUUUUACUCUUACUGGUGGCAUUUUUACUGUGGAAAUGUUGCCUUUCGAGCGAAAAGGAAAAAACUAGAGAGGCCAUAAACAUAGAAACUAUUGCGAAAAAUGUCCCAAGUAAUCAAAACUAUUCUUCGUCAUUUAUGGACUUGAAAAAUCCUCAAUGUUCGAGUCGAGUAGUAGAGUUGAUUCCUGAACACGAUGCUCCGAUUUGUUGGCUGUAUAAGAAUCACGAAUUCGUGCAAGUGCCGUAUGGUAGCACAGGAGAUACUCAGCCCUGCUCUGUUCGCAAUACGGAAAUAAUUGCUAGACCAAUGAGACCUCGUAGUCAUCCUGUAGUACCGCCAACCAUAACUAGUCUGGACGAUUAUUCUUUACCUCAAAUUUCGGAAUUUUGCGCACAUCCGUGCCAGUACGCGUCUAAUAAUAUUCUAGAAGACUGUUGUGAUGAAGCUUUCACCUCUCAUAAUUUCAAAACACGCAGCUUGCCUUCUUGCGUUCGUCACAAGAAGACGGUGCCUCGUGACAGUACAGCUGACAUCUACGAUAAAGUAAACUUCAGUAAAAAACGUAAAAAUCGUAUGCGUAACGAUGAAGCCGCCAUAAUCGCGUUGAGUAAAUCGCGAAGUCAAUUUUUCAAUAAAGAUACAGAUACGCUGGUCGAUAACGAAGCUGUGAUCGUGUACGACGAACGGACUGCCCUUUAAAUUUUUUUUUUCUAAUUUUACGAUGAUAAUCAAUCUUUAUCAGGGUAUUUUACACAAUGACAAAUCUUUUUUCUCUUUUCUUCAAACAAUUAUCAUCUGCACUGAUUUUAUUUCUGAAUAUCCAGUUACCAAGAUAAAUUUUGUAUCGACUUUUUUUUCACACUUUUGAUCACUUUUGUAGACUAUCGAUGGUGUUUAAAUAACGAGUUUAUUGAAUUUAAAAAAAAAAUCGUACUUACGGAGUAAUAAUUAGUCAUUAGGAUUUUAAGAUUUUUUUUUGUUUUGUUUCUGUUUGUUUCUUUGAAACAGGUGUGUAUUUUUAGUUCGUAUUUUUUUUUUUUUUUAGGAAACUUUCAAUAAUUAUUUACACGCAUUUUAUAUUACGAGUAUUUAUUCGGUAUUUUGUAUUAGUAUUUUAUUUUUCGUGAUGUCUCGAUUGAGCAAUCAAUGUAUUAUCAUCAGUAUUGAAUACUUUUGGCGUUUAACGGUUUUAUUUUUUGUAGAGGAUUUUGAUUUUAUUUUUUUCUUUUGUUUUAAAUAAAGUUAUGAACGAAAUCGACGCUAAUUUUUUUUCAAAAACUGAAUUAUAUUUCCAGCUGCGAGUUUUUCGAGAUGAAUAUGAAAAUCGUAUCUCGUAAAUAAAUUUU